AUGGACCCUCCAUGGAACCUGUUCCUGUUGCUGCUGGGAUUACAGCAGCAGAAGCAAAGCAGGCAAUCACCAUCWCCAUUCCUGGGGAGUGGCACUGGUACCAAGUACCAACUCAGCAUUUCCAUCGGCAGGACUAAGAGAACCCAUAACAAUCAUCUCCAAGCAGCUGGAGAUGGCAGCGGGCAGAAUUCAAGGGCUGCUGAACUUCCAGAAGAAAUUUUGACGAAAGAGCUUUUUGACCUACCAUACUUCACUGAUUUGAGAACAGUUGACACCAUCAAUAUUGAAAUAGACGUAGAUGGAGGAGUUGAUCAGGACAUCUUYGACAUAAAUGAAGCUUUAGGACUAGACCUUUUUGAGGGAGACAUCAAACUUCAUGGGAUGCAGGAUAGAAACUCCAUCAUUGGUGACAACUAUCGGUGGCCCCAUGUUAUCCCUUAUGUCCUUGAAGACAGCCUGGAAAUGAAUGCUAAGGGACUUAUCCUCAAGGCAUUUGAACAGUAUCGAUUGAAAACCUGUAUUGACUUCAAACCUUGGGAAGGGGAGAAGAAUUACAUAUYUGUGUUCAAAGGAAGCGGCUGCUGGUCCUCUGUGGGAAACAUCCAGAUGGGGUUGCAGCAGCUCUCCAUUGGAACCAACUGUGACAGGAUUGGGACAAUCCAGCAUGAAUUCCUGCACGCYCUGGGAUUCUGGCAUGAGCAGUCACGGUCUGACCGGGAUGACUAUGUGACCAUCGUCUGGGACAGGAUUCAAUCUGGUAAAGAACAUAAUUUCAAUAAAUAUGAUGACAAAAGAUCAGACUUCCUGAAUGUACCCUAUGACUAUAAUUCUGUGAUGCACUACAGCAAGACUGCAUUCAGGAAUGGAACUGAGCCCACCAUCCUCACCAACAUCCCAGACUUCAUGGAUGUCAUAGGGCAGCGGAUGGAUUUCAGUGAGUACGACCUCGAGAAGCUGAACCGGCUCUACAACUGCACCUCCUCCCUAAGUUUCCUGGACACGUGCAGUUUUGAACUGGAAAAUGUAUGUGGCAUGGUUCAAAGCUCAGAUGAUAACAGUGACUGGCAGCGCUUGUCUCAGGUUCCUGCUGGGCCCGAUACUGAUCACACUAAUAUGGGAGAAUGCAAAGAUUCUGGCUACUUCAUGCAUUUCAACACCAGUGCUGGAAGAGAAGGAAGCACAGCUGUCCUGGAGAGCAGAAUUAUGUAUCCCAAAAGGGGCUUUCAGUGCUUAGAAUUCUAUUUAUACAACAGCGGUAACGAGAAUGACCGGCUGAAYGUCUGGGUCAGGGAGUACACAUCAGCUAAUCCAAAUGGUACUCUGAGACUCAUCCAAGAGAUAAAAGGCUCACCUGAGACUUACUGGCAGCUCCAUCACGUUUCUUUGAGCGUCACRAGUAAAUUCCGGGUUGUGUUUGAAGGCGUGAGAGGAAAUGGCUCAUCAAACGGAGGCCUCUCUAUUGAUGACAUCAACUUGUCAGAAACUCAGUGUCCCCACCACAUCUGGCACAUCAGAAGUUUCACUCAUCUCCUCAACACAAGUCCAGCAGGGAGAGAUGGGAUAAUAUACAGUCCACCUUUUUACUCUAGUAAAGGAUAUGCUUUUCAGAUCACCUUGUACAUAAAUGGCACCACUGAUAACCCAUUUAAUUUAGCAAUAUACUUGUCCUUGAUUUCUGGAGCCAAUGAUGAUCAUUUGCAAUGGCCCUGUCCAUGGCAACAAGGUACCAUGGUUCUGCUGGACCAGCACCCUGAUAUUCGUCGACGGAUGUCAAACCAAAGAAGUGUAACAACAGACCCUGAGAGAUUAUCAGGAUCAGAUUUUGCUUGGGAUAGGCCAGAUAUCGUGGGAACUGAAGCAACUUUUCCUAAUGGAACUAAAUACAUGAGGGGUCCAGGAUUUGGAACAAGCGCGUUUUUAACUCAUGAGAGACUCAGAAGCCGUGACUUUAUUAAAGAAGACAGUGUUUACAUUCUUUUAACAUUGGAAGAUAUUUCACAUCUCCUGUCAACUGAGCCGAGUACUCCACCCACUACAAGUGCCAGCACCACCAAACCUAGCCCUACUGCCACCAGCAAGCCCCCCACUGUCACUGGGACUGCCACCACAGACAGUGUCACCCAGCCUGAAGAUCCAGAGGUUCCAGCUUUCUGYCCAGACAACCCCUGUCACAAUGGUGGUGUCUGUGUUAUGGUGGACAGGGCACCAGUGUGCAGGUGUCCAGCAGGUGACAACUGGUGGUACAUGGGAGAAAAGUGUGAAAGGAAAGGCACAACUCGAGAAAAUACUGUAAUAGCUGUUUCUUCAACCAUAACUGUAUUUGUUGUAAUGCUUAUUGUCACCAUCACAACUGCAGUGUGCCUUAAAAAGAAAUACAGACAAGGAAAGGAGAAUAAGGACGGCCUGACUCUGGAAGAGACUUGUAUUUCAUCUAUUACUGCCUAUUCUACUAAAGAUCUCCCCUUAAAAUACCUGGAUUGA